AUGUGACACCGGGGAUCACGUGAUCUAAACUCGCUGCUCGGAACCUCCGGAGCAGAUCGGACCGUGAACUGAUGCUUUCUGUGGGGGAGAUGAGACACGAUGCUGCUUGUUCUUUCCGAGCAGCACAAAGGACACCUGUCCUUCUUGUCCACCGUGGAGCCUGAGGUGGUGGCAGAGUUUGGACGCAUCACGCUGGACUUCCUGAAACGAGGGACAAGCCCCAAGAUCUACGAGGCUGCAGCAAGGAAGCUGGGUGUCUCGGUGGAGCGAGUGCAGUGUGCCGUGGAGGGCCUCAUGUUCCUGGUCCUGGAGAGCUGCAGGCGCACGCUGUCUGACACGGACUUCCUCGACUCUGUUCUGGUGCUGGGCUUCAGCCAAGACCUCAACAACACGCUUCUUCAGCUGUACCUGCAGCAGAGUGCUCAGGUGCGGUCUGUCCUGGCUCAGCUUGCUCCCUCACUGCCUGUCUACCACAGUCUGGAGUGGAGACUGGAUGUCAAUAUGUCCAGCCGAGCACUGAGGCAGCAGCUAUGUCCCAUCAUAACGCUGUGCCUGAACCUGACCAGUGGGGACGCCAGUGGGAAGGUGUGCAAGCUGCUCCAGGCUCGUCCUAGUACCCUCCUGCACCUGUUGUCUGUGCUGGAGAAGGCCCUGGAUGCCAUGAAGAGCAACCAUAGCCGCCGCAUCCUGAGGAACAUCAAGUGAGCCUGUCGCACCUGUCGCAUUCACCUGCCACACUUGCCGCAUCCUGAGGAACAUCAAGUAAGCCUAUUGAACUUGUCAUAUUCAUCUGCCACACACACCGCAUCCUGAUAAGGAUCAAAUGAGCCUAUCACACCUGUAACAUUCACCUCUCACACCUGCCGCAUCCUGAAAAAUAUCAGGUGAAUCUGUCGCACCUGCCACACCCACCGCAUCCUGAGGAACAUAAAGUGGACUUCUUGCACCCACCACAUCUUGAGGGUCAUCAAAUGAACCUGUCACACCCGCUACAUUCUGAGGAACAUCAAGUGAACCUGUCGUACAUAUCAGACCUGCCACAUUCACACACCUGUCCUAAAAAACAUCAGAUGAAUCUAUCACAUCUGCCACACCCGCCAAAUCCUGAAGAACAUCAAGGGAAACUGUCACACCCACCGUAACCUGAGGAACAGCAACUGAACCUAUGGCACAUGGGGCAUUCACUCGCUGCAUCCAGAGGAACAUAUAAUGAAAUGGUUCUAAACUUUUUCAGUGGGUGUCAUGUUUCAGACGGUGGCGUACAGUUUCUAAUUUCUCAGCUUAGGUCAUUACAUCCACACUUCUGGAGAUUCAGGAGCAAUGCUACUGUAUUUAUUUUUCCUUGUUGAAUGUAUUUCUUAAGUUUAGUUUUGCCAUCAUACUGUGCCUAAAUAUGUCCACCGAGAUGGGUUAUUUCCUUUAUGUGGGUUUGGUGAACUUUGUUUGGUUAAGGUUAGGGGUUACGUUUGGUUAAAUUUAAGAACAGGAUGGUGUUAAGGUGUGGUUAAGUGGUUAAGGUUAUGGUUAGGAAAAUGUUUUGGGUAACUUAAAAAAAUACUUUAUCUACUAGCUUUAUUUCAACUUGAUGUCAGUAUAUUUUACAUACAAUAAAACUGUCAAAAAUAUGUUCUUCUGUUGUUCGUAGCAUCAGAAGCUAACACAUUACCAUGGCAACCAGCGCUUUCUGAUCACUUCUGUACCUACAGACCAGACUAUCUAUUUUCUAUCUAUCUAGCACUAACCAUUCAGAGUGUUGACAUGACUCUGCAAUAUAUAUAUAUGUAUUGUGUCAAAAAAUUAAAAAAAAAAAUGUAUAAAUUGUGAAUACAAGUGCCACUAAUGAUGUUUUUCUAGUACUAUUGUGCCUUGAAAUUUUACAUUUAAAGGUGUACUGUGUAACAUUUCUGGUGUGUUUUCCUCCUGCUCAUCUUUACGGAGAGCUUUUAGCUUUGCCUGAAUGUUUCACAAUAUGGCUUUAAAUGUGUCUAUUUUGCAUUUAUGGGUGUUUUAAUUGCUCACUAAUACCUUGAAAUCAUGCAUUGUUUUUAUGAGUGUGGUCUUCUCUCUAUACAUCUGACCUGUUACUUGUCACCUGCUUUUUUCAUGUAUAUAUACGUUUACUGCUAUACUGUGGAACAAUCCAAGCAAAGUAAUAACCUCUCCGUGGAGACAAACAGGUGAUAGACCCACUAUAAAACUUGCAUAGUGCAGCUUUAACCAGAUAACAGUGAAAUAUACCAACUUAAGACUUUAUAAAGGAUAGCAAAGAACAAAGUUAAAUCUGUCAACUGGACAAAUCUUGUAGGAGUGAAGAAGUUUCGCUGCUCAUCCAAGCCGCUUCUUCAGUUCUGGUCAGAAUCUCAUACUGUCUGAAGAUUCUCUGAAGUUUUUCAGACACACCCGCAGUGUAAGGGAUGGUAACACCUCUCCUUCUAGGUUCAGAUUCCCUGUUGUCCUGUUUUUUAGCUCUCUUUGAUCUAUUGAAGGCCCAUUUUGGAUAUCCACAAGCAGAGAGGGCUUUCUCCACAUGUUGCUCCUCCUUUACUUUUCCCUCUGUUUGUAGGCACCACUUGAGCUCUGUGUUGUAGUGUCCGCAUCACUCCGAGUUUGUACCGCAGUGGAUGGUGUGAAUCAAACAGCAGGUAUUGGUCCCUAUGUGUAGGCUUCCUGUAAACUUCUACCUGGAGUCGCCUUUCCUCUCCUAUUGUUACUGCACAAUCUAUUGGCUUGGAUGAGCAGCGAAACGUCUUCACUCCUACAAGAUUUGUCCAGUUGACAGAUUUAACUUUGUUCUUUGCUAUGGAUCAGACCUGGAUGACUGAGGGUCUACACAGACAUCUUUAUAAAGGGUGUUUUACACAUAGUCCCCACUGCUGUUAUAAUAAUGACAUACUGAUGAUAUAUCUUUUUCUACCACACGUUGUUACAGUCUAUGUGCUGUAGAGUUCAUUAAACAAAAUAGAUUUUUACUUAGUCAGUGAUUAAUCGACUCAGUCAUUACUGCCUGUGAUCAGAUUCACUAGUAAUAAUAGGUGAUGAUAAUGUUUUUUUGUUUUAAAUAAAAGCCUACUCUUCUUUGGUCUUUUAAUGUGUACCCUUAUUUUCUUUUGAGUAAAAAAUGUAUCACACAUUUCAUCAUAAAUUAAGCAGUAAUGGCAAAACAUGAAGAACCACCUGUAUAGGAUGUUACUGACAUGCUGAUUUUUAAAUGUUCCUGUUAUUGUAAAUAUUUUUGGUGUUGGAAAAUAAAUGCACUGAUCUGCAGUGUUCCUCGUC